CAAGCACACACCUUACUAUUGUCGACGACAGCGGCGACUGUUGCAAACUCUCUCUUGCACGUGCACGAUACACGUACACAUUUAAACUUUGUUCGUACAUGAUUAUCUAGAUACGAAUUUUUAAAGGUGAUCAUUGCAAGGAUAAUGAGCUUUGAAUAUAUCUGUUGCCAUUACAUGCUUUCCUUUUCGAUAAACUAUAAUGUUUGCAGUAAACACGUAUGAGAUCAAAUGUGAUAGAUCACGUAUUUUUCGAUAUUCGAACUGAAUUAAAAUACACAAGUCGGCGGUAUAUUUGAUGAAAGCGCCAUCUAGGUGUUGUUUUAAAAAUAUCGCAUCAGAGGGCGCCAUUAGUUCGAACAUUCAAUUUUAUGUUUUAUUUGCUCCUUUCUUGAAAAAUCCAAAGUAAUACCGUGGUAUUUGAUCUUUUUGAUGAAAACUUAUGCUGUAUUUGUAGUUAAAAAGAGCGACGUAUGGAGCAAAAUAAAACUGAAGUACAGUAUCUUAAUAAAUUGAAAGUUGAGGAUGUUUGGAAAGAAUUUAAUUGUCCAAAAUAUGUUACCCACCUUUGUCCUAGAACUGACAAAUUGCCAAAAGAAAUAUUUGAAUUUGAUGAACGAUUGAAAUUGGAUACUAAUUGCAUUUUACAAAAAUUAGAUGAACUCAUAUCGGAUCCUAUAACAAGCAAUAGUGUAAUUCGCAUAUGUAAACUUUUAUAUGAUUACCUUAGUGAAGUAGGAGACAAUGGUUAUAAAGUUAAAGAUUUAUCAUUAGUAAUAAAAGUAUUAAAAUUUUUGGCUGAAAAUGUUAAUAGAGUUAAAGAAUAUGAAUUACAUCUUGAUAGAAUGUUAGAGCUUUGUAAUAUACCACUCUUAUUAGAGAAGUCGUCUGAAAGUUUAAUUCAUGAAGAUGUAAUCGAACAAUAUUUUACAUUGUUGGGACAUCUUCUUGUAAUUUUACCAACAAAAGAGCAAGCAUUAAAAAUUCAUAAGGCACUUCAUUCUUUGUUAUUAAAAACACAAAAAGAAGAUAUCUCUGCAAUACAACUUAAACAUUAUCGUAAAGCCAUGGAAAAGUCAAAGUUGCCACUAAUUGUGGUUGAAUUACUACAAGCUUCUACUACAAAAACAUAUCCAAAAACUUUAGAGCUAGUUUUUUUACUUUCAUCCAUCUCUUAUAAAUGUUGUCACAGAAUGUUGGAAGCUAAUGUACUUAAUGUUAUACUUAUAAGAAUGGAUCUUCCUUAUGCAAUUCAAUUACAUUGUACUCGGCCACCUGACUUAAUGUUAAAUGGGAUUGAAUAUAGUGAUGAAACAACUCUUUUGAUAAUGAACACUCUGUGGAGCUUGAUGAAAUCUAUUAUUUUUCCUAAUAAUAUGCCAACUAAUUUCAAAGAAAAUUUGACAUCAACCCAUUGUGUCUUAUGGGGCCUAUGUUAUGCUUUUAAGCGGCAGAUAUAUUACAGCCAAUACAGAAAAUUUAAUACAAAGAUUAGAAAUGAAAUUGCCAUGAUUAUUCUCUCAAUUUCAAUUACUUUACCCUCUUGGAACCUUGUCAGUGGUGGUAUAGCUGAUACUGUUAUUAAAUAUUUAGUUGGAAUUGAAUCUGGAUCUGUUAGAAUAUUUGCAGAAAUAAUAAAAUUUGGCAGAACUAUUGAUAAUUUACACUUUGAAAAAAUUUUAUUAUUAAUUGUUACACAUUUAGCAGAAGUUGAUGCUUGUAUUUUUUUAAUGAUAAAAUGGAAACUGAUGCAAACUAUACUUCAAAUUGUUAAUCCAAAUAUUGAAGAAACAAAAGUCACUUGGAAUGCAUCUCAAUUUUGGGAUUUAUGGAUGUAUGCUAUAAAUGCUUUGUCUAUAUUAGCACCAAAAAUGCCUCAACAAUUUGUGGAAUAUCAUGGUGGUAUUAGAUUAUAUACAAUGCUAGAAUGGUGUUUAAAUACGAAAUUUGAUAUAAAAAUAAUAAUGACUUGUGUAAAAACAAUUUGCCUAAUUAUUCUGAGUGACAAUAAAUAUUUACUAGAAUACUUACGAGAGUGUGGAAUUAUAUUAUUGUUAAUUAAAGUUAUUAAGUAUAUUUUGAAAUUUGAUAAACUUAAAGCAAUGGAACAACGUGUGUUAAUAUUGGCAUUAACAUCAAUUGAAAGACUCAUGAAAAAACAAAAAUUUUUUCAACAAAUAUAUGGGGAGCACAGUAUUAUAUCUAUUAUGGAAUUACUAUUUCGUUGCAUAUAUCAAAAAGAUAAUGAAUUUCAAUUGGAACAACGUCUUCUACUAGCAAUAGGUUCAUAUAUUUGGGAAUGUAUAAUAUGGUGUCCUGAAAUACUUGAAAAAUUUAUUCGAUAUGGUGGAGUAUAUAUUAUCCUUGAUAUUAUUGAAAUUAUUCCAUAUUGCUCUCGUUGUUUAUUUCUCGCUCUUUUUACCGAUAUGUGCGAUAAUAUUUUUUGUGGACCAUUCUUAUGUACUUGGAGAGGUAUUGAUAAAAAAAUAGGAUUAAUGUCUUUGUUAGCAAAAAUAUGGAGAGAAGAAGAAAUACUGAUUAAAGCUAAGAGAAAUAUGGAUGGCACUGUCAAAGAUAUGGAAUUGUCUGAAAUGGGUAAAAGGCAAUGGUUUGAUACUUAUUGCAAAAAACUAGCUAGAGAUAGUAGUCCAGCAUUAAUUGACAUGAUUGGUUCAGUUAGAUCAAAAAUAUAUAGUAUUUUCAAAAUAAUUGAAAGAGAUAAUGAAAAGUAUAAAAUGGCCAAAGAACAUUACAAAAUAUUAUAUGCUAAUCUUUCAAUUGAAGAUAGAAUUACAAUAUCUACCAUAGAAUUAUAUUUUACACUGAAAUUAGGUCAAGUAUGGAUAGAGGUUGCUAAAUACUUUGAACAGGUCGGUAUUACUCCUCAUGGUAUGGAUGGUCAAGCACUUUUUUUGAUGAAUCAACGUUAUUCUUUGUGGGGUGAAAUAAUAAAAGAAAGACAGGCGAGGAUAAUAAAAUCUAUAGAACGAAAGGAAGAAAUAGAAGAGAAAGAUGAAUAUGCAAGAAUCCAUGAUUCUAAGCUUAUUUUGGCAUUAGAUGCAUUUGAUGAAUUAGAUUACAUAUAUAGAACAACAAAUAAAUCAUAUAGGAUAAAGAAAAAAUAUGAACAAAUACAACAGGUUAAUUUAGCUUUAAAAUUUCCAUAUAAAUCAGAUGAUUCACAUUGUCAUAGAACAUUCCAAGAUAAAUUAAUGGUCACGACUAUAUUUAAUCAACAUCAAACAGUGAGUACUGGUUUAACAUCAAAUCCACAGUUAAGUCAAAUGAAACUUGGGAAAAUUCACCUUAUUUCUCCUUGUAAUUCUUAUAUUUCUGCUACGACAUAUGACUCUGAGCUACAUCCGGUUUCUUUAUCAAGCACCUGUCUGUCUAAUAUAGAAAAAUUUCUAGAGAAUGAAUAA